GCGGAGACGCUGGGCAGGGAAGGGAAGGAGGGAGAGGUCCGGCGGCGGCGGCGCGCGCGGGAUGGGCCGCGGCUGAGGAAAGCAAAAGGAUAAGAGAAUGGAUCCAUCAUCCGGGGCCAGAUCAAUUGUUGUUCAGGUGGAGGGAAUGACAUGCAGUUCUUGCGUGCAGACAAUUGAGCAGCAUAUUGGGAAACUAAAUGGAGUUCACGUCAUUAAAGUUUCUCUGGAUGAGAAGAACGCAACCAUUGUUUACAACCCCAAAGAGCAAAUCCCAGAAUCACUCCAGGAAGCCAUUGAAGACAUGGGGUUUGAUGCUGUUCUUGGCGACACCAACCCACAGUUCGUUCCACAUGACACCACUUUUCUUACAAUUCCCACCCAGGCAACUCUAACCUGCGAACAGAUUCGUACCGACCUCCUAAAGAUCAAAGGCAUUCUGGAUGUGAAAAUCUCUUCUGACAAAACAACCCUAGUUGUAACCUUCAUCUCUUCUAUUCUAAAUAGCAAACAGAUUAAUCAAAUAGUACCGGGAUUAAAUUUGGACAAUGCAGUGCAAGAUAAAAAUCAAGGAACAUGUGAAGAUGUAAGUUUAAACCAAAUAAAUGAGGUGGUGUUAAGAAUGAAAAUAGAGGGGAUGACCUGUCAUUCCUGUACGAGCACCAUUGAAGGAAAAAUUGGCAAAUUGCAAGGAGUCAAGCGAAUUAAAGUUUCCCUGGAUAAUCAGGAAGCCAUGGUCGCUUACCAGCCUCACAUCAUUACAUCAGAAGAAAUAAAGAAGCAAAUAGAAGCGGCAGGAUUCAGCGCCUCCGUAAAGAAAAUGCCUAAACCGCUCCAGCUCGGUUCUAUUGAUAUAGAGCGGCUCAAGAGCAGCCAAACCAAACGCUCGGAAAGGACCCCGCAGGAAAGUUCAGAAGACAAGCUGGAUGCGAAGACCAUCACCUUCCGCGUGGAUGGCAUGCACUGCAAUUCGUGUGUGUGCAAUAUUCAGAGCAGCCUCUCGGCACUUCCUUCGGUGAUCGGCGUCACGGUGUCUUUGCCAGAGAAGUCGGCCGUCGUCCAGUACAACCCCAACCUCGUCAGCCUCAGUGCGCUCAGAAGGGCGAUUGAAGCCGUCUCCCCGGGGACUUUCAAGGUCUGUGUUUUGGAUGCCCACGAAAAGGCCGAGCACCUGAACAACUCCAGAUCUCCAUCGAAGUCUUCUCUCCCGGCAGCUGCUCACAGCAUCGGGCCUCACCCCCUGAUGCUGGUGACCGUCAUCCGCAUCGAAGGAAUGACUUGCCACUCAUGUGUGCAGUCAAUUGAGGGGCUCAUUUCACAAAAACCUGGUGUGAAGUCAGUCUCUGUGUCGUUGCGGGACCGUAAUGGGACUAUUGAAUAUGACCCAACACUGACCUCUCCAGCCGAUUUAAAAACCUCAAUUGAAGACAUGGGCUUUGACGCAUCCAUAGCUGUGCCAGCAAGCCCAGAGCCCGUGGUGCUAAUCACUGAGCCUUCCCAGGAGAGGCUGGCUAGAACAAAAGAAAGCCAGCUGCCCAAAACAGUCGCUCAUCCCAACCUGUCGCCAGUUCCGAACAGAUCGGGUUUGAAGGCACCAUCCAAAUGCUACAUUCAGAUCACUGGCAUGACUUGCGCUUCCUGCGUGGCAAACAUUGAGAGGAACCUGAAGAGAGAAGAUGGAAUAUGCUCUGUGCUCGUUGCCCUGAUGGCUGGGAAGGCUGAAGUGAGAUACGACCCUUCCGUCAUCCAGCCCCCAACGGUAGCCGAGAGGAUUAGAGAACUGGGGUUUGGUGCUCUGGUGCUGGAGGAUUAUGAUGAAGGAGAUGGCAUCUUGGAACUAGUUGUAAGAGGGAUGACUUGUGCCUCGUGUGUUCAUAAAAUAGAAUCUACCCUGAUGAAAACCAAAGGGGUUUUGUACAGCUCCGUGGCUCUUGCAACCAACAAAGCCCAUGUCAAGUAUGAUCUGGAGGUCAUUGGCCCUCGAGAUAUUAUACAGAUUAUACAGAAUCUAGGAUUCAAUGCUACAUUGGUAAAGAAAGACCGAUCUGCUAGCCACUUAGACCACAAGCAGGAAAUAAGACAGUGGAAACAGUCCUUCCUUGUAAGCCUCAUUUUCUGCAUCCCUGUAAUGGGGCUCAUGAUUUACAUGAUGGUGAUGGACAGUCACAUGUCAGCCAUGUACAAGGCUUCUAACCUGACUCAAGAAGAAAUAGAAGCUCACCACCCAUCAAUGUUUCUGGAGCAGCAGAUUCUUCCCGGGCUGUCGGUUAUGAAUUUGCUCUCCUUUUUAUUGUGUGUUCCUGUUCAGUUCUUUGGAGGCUGGCACUUCUACAUUCAAGCCUACAAAGCCCUGAAGCAUAAAACAGCUAAUAUGGACGUGCUGAUUGUUCUGGCCACGACCAUCGCCUUUGUCUACUCCUUUGUCGUUCUUCUGGUUGCAAUGGCCGAGCAGGCAGUGGCCAAUCCUGUAACUUUCUUUGACACACCUCCAAUGCUCUUUGUGUUCAUUGCAUUGGGCCGCUGGUUGGAGCACGUGGCUAAGGGCAAAACAUCGGAGGCCCUUGCGAAGCUAAUUUCACUACAAGCAACAGAAGCAACUAUUGUUACUUUAGGUCCAGAUAAUAUCCUCAUGAGCGAAGAGCAAGUGGAUGUUGAACUAGUUCAGCGGGGUGACAUCGUGAAGGUGGUCCCAGGCGGCAAGUUUCCCGUGGAUGGCCGAGUGAUUGAAGGACACUCGAUGGUAGACGAAUCACUUAUCACAGGUGAAGCGAUGCCCGUGAUGAAAAAACCUGGAACUUCAGUCAUAGCAGGUUCGAUUAAUCAGAAUGGAUCCCUGUUGAUCUCGGCAACCCAUGUUGGGUCUGACACUACUCUCUGCCAGAUCGUAAAGCUUGUAGAAGAAGCUCAGACAUCAAAGGCACCAAUUCAGCAGUUUGCUGACAAACUGAGUGGCUAUUUUGUUCCUUUCAUUGUUGGUGUUUCUGUGAUUACGCUUCUUGUUUGGAUUGUGAUUGGCUUUGUCAAUUUUCAAGUGGUAGAAACCUAUUUUCUUGGUUAUAAUAAGAGCAUUUCCAAAGCAGAGGUCGUGAUCCGCUUUGCUUUUCAAGCCUCCAUCACCGUGCUGUGUAUUGCCUGCCCUUGUUCCUUGGGAUUAGCAACUCCAACGGCUGUGAUGGUGGGAACUGGCGUGGGAGCACAAAACGGCAUCUUGAUCAAAGGCGGAGAACCACUGGAGAUGGCACACAAGGUUAAAGUUGUGAUGUUUGAUAAAACAGGAACCAUCACCCAUGGAACUCCAGUGGUGAUGCAGAUGAAGAUGCUAGUGGAGAGUAACCGGAUACCACGCAAGAAAGUCUUGGCACUGGUGGGAACAGCGGAGAGCCACAGUGAGCACCCUUUGGGAGCAGCAAUCACAAAAUACUGCAAACAGGAAUUGGAUGCCGAUACCCUUGGGACGUGCACUGAUUUCCAGGUGGUGCCCGGCUGUGGUAUUAGCUGUAAAGUUACCAAUAUUGAAGCCUUACUCCGUAGCAAGAGUGAAACUGUGGAAGAGACCAAUGUCAGGAACGCUGCUCUAGUGAUCAUGGAUGAGCCCCUCCUGCAGCCAGCUUUGAUCAUCAAUGAGCAGAUGCCAGACACAUGGAUGUCGCACAAGUAUUCUGUUCUCAUUGGAAACCGAGAGUGGAUGUCUAGGAACGGCCUUCUUCUCAGAAGUGAUAUUGACGAAGCCAUGACGGAGCAUGAGCGCCGUGGCCGCACGGCGGUUCUGAUAGCUGUGGAUGGGGAGUUGUGUGGCCUGGUAGCCAUUGCUGACACCGUGAAGCCCGAAGCGGAUCUUGCUGUGCGGACUCUGAAGGGAAUGGGUUUGGAGGUGGUUCUGAUGACGGGGGACAAUGGCAAAACCGCCAGGUCGAUUGCUUCACAGGUUGGCAUCACCAAAGUAUUCGCUGAAGUGCUCCCCUCCCACAAAGUUGCCAAAGUGAGGCAGCUGCAGGAAGAAGGGAAACGGGUGGCUAUGGUGGGCGAUGGCAUCAACGAUUCCCCAGCCCUGGCCAUGGCUAAUGUUGGCAUUGCCAUCGGCACAGGCACAGACGUGGCUAUAGAAGCAGCUGACGUGGUUUUGAUCAGGAAUGAUUUGCUGGAUGUGGUGGCAAGCAUAGAUUUAUCACGGAAAACUGUUAAAAGGAUACGGAUCAACUUUGUCUUUGCCCUCAUAUACAAUCUCAUUGGUAUUCCUGUCGCUGCAGGUGCCUUCCUGCCGAUUGGUUUGGUUCUGCAGCCUUGGAUGGGCUCCGCAGCGAUGGCGGCCUCCUCUGUGUCCGUUGUGUUGUCUUCUCUGCUGCUAAAACUUUAUAAGAAGCCUACCUGCGAGAAGUAUGAGCGCCAUGCCCGCACUCAGGUGAGGUGCAAGAGCACGUCAGAAAUCAGUGUCCACAUUGGGAUCGACGAGGUUGGACCAGGGUCUCCGAAACUGAGCCUCAUGGACCGAAUUAUCCACUACAGCCAAGCCUCCAUCAGCUCCCUCUUCUCCGACAAGCACUCCCUCAGCAACAUCGCCCUGAGCGAGCCCGACAAGCAUUCGCUCCUGGUUGGGGACUCCCGGGAGGAAGACGACACGACCGUCUGAAGAGGUGGAGCAGGGCCGAGGGCUCCUCGGCCGUUUGGGGCGUCUCUUGGGCUUGGCCUGUUCGGCUGAAUGGGGGUCCUCCCCCCCGGGAGAUCAGUGUGUUCAACCCUGUUUUGCCCCUCUUAGCAGCCAGAACGGGACAAAAGAUUCCAAAAUGGAGCAGAACCUGGAUGUUCUGUCCCCCCUCGCCUCCGUCCGAGCGAUGGCUUAAUUAGCCGGCACUAUCAGCUCUGGCAGAAAACUAGUGAGCUUCUGCCAAGUGUCUCUGUUAUCUCCCUCGAUGCCGAUGAGUCACCCAGGAACAAACAGUACUUCAGCUCUUAGUUAAGCAGUUGAUUUGCCUGCUAUGAAGAGGCAUAGCAGCCCUUGCUGCUUUUAUAUCCUGUGGGGUGUGGCUCCAUGACUCAGCACUUCCUCGGCCUGCCCCACCCCUGCUUCUGUUGUUCCCGCCUCUCCUGCCUAUGAAACCUAGGGUCCAGCCAGGCCUGAUUGCCGUCAGCCGGGUCUGGAGGCGUGGCCUGGGGGGGGAAAGAGUCGGGACGGAGGCCUCAUUAUUUUUAUUUUUAUUUUUUUUUAUUUACAUUUAUAUCCCGCCCUUCUCCAAAGACUCAGGGCGGCUUACAGUGUGUAAGGCAAUAGUCUCAUUCUAUUUGUAUAUUUACAAAGUCAACUUCCUCCACCUGGCCUGCCUCUGGCUCCUGGAGCUGAGCCAGGGAAACCGGUGCUCCCGAGGUAAGUCCUGACAGCCCUUCCCCCUCACUUUACAAGUCACUUUCUGGCAAGAGGCCCGGCUCAAGGGGUGCAGACGCAACACCGGAGCUACAAUACUGAGUUGCUUUUCAAGUUGAUUUCUUGGGGAAGAAGCCAAAAUAAGGAUAUCUUCUGGCUGCUACCAGCAGAUAGUUUCUAGGUCUUGAUCUUAUUCUCCCAUUUGCCAAAGACAUGUGCCUUACCUCCACUCUUCCCAAGCAGAGGCAUUCUCAGGGAAGGUCACCUCUGGACCUGGGAAAGAGAGAAAGCAGAGCGGUCCUUCUUGGCCUACUCCAGACUGGACCCUCUUCCUCCUCCUCCUCCUCCUCCUCCUCCUCCUCCGCCUGUUGGAAGCCAGUCAGGCCUUCUGGGCCUCAGCAGGACUCCAUCUCGUCUGUCCCGCCCUCCUUUGUGGCUCGUGAGGAAUGUCGGAAGAGACUCUUGGGAUCAGCUUGCCCUUCCACUGCCUGAUUUGCAGGGAUCAAAGCUGUGCCACCUCUUCCCUUGUUUUGGGAGUCCAGCAAAACCAGCUCUUCCUUUUUCCUCUGACCAUCACCCAGACCUCUAAAGAGCUGAGCUUGCCGCUUGCCGCCUCCCUCGUGUUCCCGGCCUUUCUCAUGGGUUUCUCUCCUGUUAGCUGAGAGGACUCAGAGGCAGCAGCCUCCUCCCGGCAAGAGCUGCCUUCCUCCAACACCGACUUCAAAGGACACGAUUUGGCUUGAUUGUGAAUAGCUGCCUGGAGAACAAAAUGGGCCUUGUUGCUUUCAUAAUUUUGAAUUAGUGAGAAUUGCAAGAAUUAGCCCUGAAAGAUCAGUGGUGUCUUUUUACCUGACGAUGGACUUGUCUUCAUUUAAAGCGGUGAGAUACACCUAUCAGGAUCAAAGUUCAUGGAAAAAAUGGUUUACUUAAUUUUCAGUUUGGUUUAAGCCACACAAUUUAGGCAUUUUAAUACCCCUUAUAAAACCAUUUGGAAUAUCCAGCUAAAGAAACAGAGCCCAAGCCACAACUUUUCAAAAUCCUUUCUCCUCUUUUAGCCCUCUGGGAGUGGCCUCCAGAAGAGAGAGGGAGGGGGCUCAGAAAAUGGCAGGGAUUGUGCUGACAGUACACAAAGAACUGCAAAAUUCUUCAUAGAUUAGUAAAAAUCCACUUCCAGGGGUGUCUUGCACUAUUUAUUUAUCUUUCCUGUGAGUUGCACACAAAAAACAUCCUUGUUGCAUCCACUAAGGACUCCAAGAGAAAGUGGAAAAGUAAGAUUGUGUCCAGGGAGAAUUAAACAUUUCCUCCUGAAGUCCCCCACCCCCCUUCCCGAGCCUGCUGGAAGUGAGUUUUCGCUGUCCAGGCCCUGAUUCUGCUCUUAGCUGCUCAGGUUGUUAGGAAACUGGGCUCAUGCCUGGCUUGCCCCUGCCCAAGAUGACCCUUUCCGGGUGGCUGCGGAUUGUGAUUCCCGAUAUCCGCAGCUUUUCUCCUUCUGUUUGCUGGCCAAAACCUUGCAGCCAGAGGGGCCCAUGACAGGAGCAGCCCUCCGCUUCGAGGAGGCCACUGGCUCUGGGGGAAGAGCAGCAUGGAUGCUUUUGAGAUGGAACAAAGUAAGUUUGGGCUUUUUAAAUGUAUAUAAAAAAUUCUGUUCACAGAGCGGGGCAUGUUAUUAUAUAUUAACGAAAAUAGUAAGAUGCCUCAACUUAGUCAGCUGACUAGUAUGACGUAGUAUGAAAACUGAAAAUUCUCACGGUGUGGUGAAUUGAAUUCCGUCGUUUCAUCCCUUUUUUUCCCUAAAUCUCUUUCCUCCUCCAGUUCUCUGUCAUGUCGGCAUGCCUCGGUAAGAUGGCAGUUGGUUAUUCCUGUUUGUGAAUAAGGUUUUAUACUUGACUUCGUUUCAAAGAACCAAAAGUUGCUUCUUUGCCUUGACUGUGCAAAGCUCGUGGAAAAUGUAAAGUUGCUGUUUGUGUAAAGAAAAGUCCCUUUCCUGCCUCAAGCCCCCUUGUUUAUCAGGAGUCUUAGAUGAUCAGAUGUCAGCCGAACAGCUUCAAAAGCAGGUUUUAGAAGAAGCUUGGCAUUCCAUUUAAAUGUAUUUAUUUUGGUUAUUUGCUUCUGCUAGCUCCAUGUAUCUGAAACAUGUUUUUCUGAUUUAUUUAAAUUAUUAGACAAAGUGUAUAUGCAGCCAUAUAUGCAAGUCAGGAUUUCCUGCUUUCUGUCUGGCUUUUAAAAAGGCCCUUCUCCUUCCCUUCCCAGCUGGUGUCCCCUUCUUUUAAAAUACUGCCCAUCCAUAUCUCCCUUUGGUCUCCACCGGUGGUGGGCAUUUCAGGCAGGACCCAUUUAAAAAAAAUGCUGAAAAAGUGCUUCAGGGAGAGCAGCGUUAGUGAAGGCGUUUUUAAUGUCCUUUAGCCUCUUGGACCUUCCAAGGCAGCCUCCGGCCUCUUAAAAUGCUUCCCAUCCUUCCUGGUGCCUGACAUCCUCCUCUGGCCUCCUUCAGCAGCAUGGCUGCUUAUAAUGCAAGCGGCAGUCCAAGCAUUUUUGCAGGCUCCCAAGUCACAAAAGAGGGGAUGCUUCCAGAGCAGACUUCUCACUCCAGCGAUGUAUCAAUAGUUCUCGGCUCAGUAGCCGUCAUUCAGACCAAAAUUUUGGUCAUAAGUAAUUACAGUCGUACCCAUAUGACCUAACCCACUUUUUCAAUUGUUUUUACAGUAGUGAUUGAGGGAGUCACAUAUGGUUGUUAAAUGAAUCCAUUGUUCUGAAUGGACAUUUUCCCAAAAAGCAUUGCAAAUUGCAGUCACGUGACCAUCGGACACGUCAGCCGGUUGGUUGCCAAGCACCCAAAAUGAAGUCAUUUGACUGGGUGGGUGGGUGGGGGGUCUGUGACAUUUUAUGACAACUGGAAGUGCUUUACAGUUGUAAGUCUUACUGGUCACAAGUCAAGGGUUUCCUUCUGUACAUCUUCUGCAAAGAUACUUCAGUGCAUCCAAAAUUAAAAUAAUGCAGGGCUGGUUUUAUUGCAUUUAUGAUGGUAUUUCUGAAGAUUUUGAUGUCUGUUCUGCACAUUCCAUGGCGGCAGACAUUUGACCUGCGGCUGCUGCUCAUCCCAGUCUUGUUAAGGAGGCCCAUCGGAGACAGAGACCGUUGACCAAACGUUUUGGGUAAAUGGAGAAAACAGCCAGGAGUCGUUCUUCAGAGGCCUUGUGAUCAGAAUCGUCCUUCACAAAUGAAGGCAAAUGCCUUCCCCUUUUUCUCCACGUUGAAAAACUAACUGCGUGGGGUUGUUUUUUUAAAAAGCUAGAACAGUUUUUGCCUCUUUGUUUCCUGCAGUCAAAAGCUGAAGUCCCAAAUCUGCUGAUUCCAUUUUCAGGAACCAGUCCAAGGUCGUUGAAAGAAAGCUAAAAAGAACUUUAAGCAAUUGUGUGCAAUAUUAGUUUAUGUGGAGCAUAUGUCAUGAUCUUCUCAAGAAUGUGCCUUCACUUCUAUAAAUGUUAUUAUGCUGGAACAUUAAAUGAUGUGUUACAUUUUUCUUUUAAUGAUACUUUCUGCUUAGAAAAAUAUAUUGUAGCUAAAUAUUCUCUCCCCUCAGAAUUAUUUAUUGCCCUCUUGAACAUCGUCUCCUUUCAUAGAAUUAAGGAGGAUUGAAAAUCAAAGUGUCCAGUCAUCUGCUCGCCCAAGCUUCUGGUUGAAAUACUUCUGGCAAAAAAGCGGGUACUGCAAAGGGGGAAUGACUCACAGUUAGAUAGUAGGGAAAUCUCACCUGGAGCUCUUGGAUGAAAUCGGCUUCCAUAUGCAUCGUUUUAACCCCCUUCUUUCUGGUUAUAUCUCGGGGAGCAGCUCUGAACAAUUCAGCCUCUUCUCCAUUUCAGUCCUUCAGAUCAUCAGGAGCCGUGGUAGUGCAGUGGUUAGAGUGCAGUACUGCAGGCUACUUCUGCUGACUGCCGGCUGACUGCAAUUUGGCAGUUCAAAUCCCACCAGGCUCAAAGUUGACUCAGCCUUCCAUCCUUCUGAGGUGAGUAAAAUGAGGACUCAGAUUGUUGGGGGCAAGAGGCUGGCUCUUUAAACUGCUUAGAGAGGGCUGGAAAGCACUGUGAAGCGGUAUAUAAGUCUAAGUGCUAUUGCUAUCAUGUCCCCCUCAGAGUAUUACGAAAAAGUUGAGCAUAUUCAAUGCCUCCAACUUGUGGAGGGCCAUAAAUUCUCCACCAGAAGCACCCCCCCCCCCAUGUCCUAAUAUGUUUGUUAUCUCUUGUAAAGAGAUCCAACAGUGCAGAAAUAUUGCUCAAGAAAAGAAACAUCAAUAUUUCAGGUUUCUGGCCAUCUUUAUCAAAAUCCGCUCAUACCUAUAGAUAGUCCUUGGUUAACAAUAGUAAUUGGUACAGGAGCUCCAUUGCUAAGUGAUGCGAUCAUAAAGUUCAGUGUCGCACAACUGCGUCAACUUACAGCAGCCAUUCCAGUUGCAGUUAUUAGGUGAAUCCCUUGCAGUCAUUAGGCAAGACAUCUCAUGAUUCCCAUUUGUGACUUCCUGCUGGCUUCCCCAAUGACUUUCUUUGUUGGAAGUGGUCAUUAACUAAGAACUAUCUUAUGUGGAAGCUGGGGCGGGGGGGAAAUCCCUUAAUUCUUGAAGCUUUUGUGAAACCCUUUAAAUUAUUUGCUAUUACAUGGAUUCACUUUCAGGUCACUAGAUUACUUUAUCUAUGGCUCAUAAUGAAUUUGUAUUGACUUCAGAACAAAAUAUAUAACUGAAAGUAUGUCAGUUGCUGUAUCCUAAAUAAAAGUCUGAACACUUUCGAGCAGAA